GCUCACUACUUCACUCUCAUCCAAAUCUCUCUCUCUCUCUCUCCCAUCUAACUAAAUAUUGUGCAAAAAAGUUUAAGUAAAAUAUUAAAUAACAUGAAGCUCUCCUUGCGUUUGGUUUCAGCUGUUCUCCUCGUGUUCAUGCUCCUCGUUGCCACAGAGAUGGGGCCAGUGGCCGUGGAAGGAAGAACAUGCGAGUCGCCGAGCCAUAGGUUCAAGGGUGCGUGCCUGAGCGAAACCAACUGCGCCAACGUUUGCCACAACGAGGGCUUCAUCGGCGGCAACUGUCGUGGUCUACGCCGCCGCUGCUUCUGCACCAAACACUGCUGAUUGCAUCGCUUAAUUAAUCACGUUUUAAUUAACGCUGUGGUUCUGUGGUUUCAUGUUUGGUGUGCGUGCGUGCGUACGUGUUUCGUGUUGGGAAUAAACUCUUGUAUGGACAAUGAGAUCGAUCUGUGGUCUCUGCCUUCGAUUUCACAGAGUACCCUUUUCUUCUGUUGUGUUGUGUCUUGACUAAUGAUAUGAACUUAACAAAUGUUUUUAUGUUUUUCUUUUUUAA